CCUGUCUAUUCUCAAUGUCUGGUAACAAAAACCACCAAUCUUAUCGUCCAAUAUUCGCUUUUUAAUUCAACACAUUUUGAAGGACUGUUCAACGGUUGUAAAAUGAUCGCCUUCUUAGCGUUGUUCUGUUCCUGUAUUGGAAUCACUAAUGCCAUUGCGAACGGUCAGCCGACGGACAGAGGCGAGUAUCCAUACGUCGUGGCCAUAUUUGAAGAUGUUUUCAUUGUUAGUGGCUUUAAAUGCGCGGGUGUCUUGAUUGCCCCUGGUUGGGUGUUAACUGCUGCACAUUGUUACACAAGAGGAAAUGACCCAGCAGACUAUGAAGUGAUCACUGGCGUUUAUGAUCUGAACAACCUCGGCGAGGUUCAGGAGCAGGAGUUUAAUGUGCAGAGUUUUACCGUGCACCCAGAAUACGUGGGGGGUGGUUCCCAAAAUCACGACAUCGCUGUUAUUCAACUGAGCGGCCAGGCUGAUGUUUCAGGACGAUGGACAAAGACUGUUCCUCUUGCAUCGGCUGGUUCCACAUUUUUCAACCAGAACUGUACCAUCACGGGCUGGGGAGAGACUAUAACUGGUCAACCAUCAGAGGUCCUGGAGGAAGGAUUUGGACGUAUUAACACAGACCAGGAAUGUGAUCAAAGAUGGACCAACAUUCAGAUGACAGCUAAUCAUACUUGUAUCGGAGGUGACAAUAUAGAAAGCGGAAUUGCAAUGUGCCCGGGUGACGGAGGUGGAGCUCUACAGUGCACUGAGAAUGCAAACAACGUAGUAGCUGGCAUUGCAUCAUUUGCUAUAGCAAUAUGUGCUGAUGCACCUAGACUUCCUUCUGUCUACACAGAUGUAACAAAAUACAGGGACUGGAUUUGCACUACAACUAACAAUGAAGUCUGUUAAUGAAAUGACAAAAAUCUGAUUUGAUUUUUUGUGAUAUUUUUACCUAAUAUGAUUUCAUGUGAUAUUUUUACCUCAUUUGAUGUAACAAAUACAACUUAAAGAUAUUGUGUCAAUAAAAAGUGCUUUUGAAUAAAUACAGAA